UUUCACAUAACCUGACAACUCUGAGACAAAAAAAUUGCACAAGCAAAAGAAAAUCGGAAAUAACCAAGGGAUAUACAAAAAUAUAUUUGAAAGACAAACAUGCAGCGCAUCAGAUUGAUGUUAAAUCAUGCUGCCGCAUCAUCGAUUCAGCAGCAACUCCUACGCCCCUUUUCCGUCCACUGGAGUUUGGCGCAGCAUCAAAAGCCGGUGGGUGGAAGCCCAGGAGAAAGUAGAACGAGGGAUACCCGGAGUCUGAAGGCAAAUGUCCAGAAGAUCACCCUGAUCCAACAGAACCAGUCGAUGAGCAUUACCACUUUGGAGGAGGCCCAGAAGUUGGCCAAGCGACGGGAGCUGCAUCUGUUGCGCUUGGAACAAACAGAUGCCAAAACAGGAAGAGCCAUGUUCAAACUAGUCACAGCUGCUGAAAUGCUGUCGGAUGAUGCAGAGCAGUCGAGAUCAGCGAGCGAAAAAGUUAAGGAUAAGAAAUCGGAGAAAUCCCUUACCAUUGGAGCGCGCAUCACAGAGCACGAUCUCUCCUCCAGACUCAAGAACAUUGUCAAGUGGCUGGGCAAGCGACACGAGGUUCGCAUCCUCAUCCAGGGCAAUGCCAGUGGAUCGGACGAGAGCAGCGCCGAGCGCAUAGUCAAGGCCAUCGAACAGACCAUUAAGGAACCACAACUAAUUGGCAGAAUAGUGCAAAGGCGCAGCAAGAGCGCGUUCAUUAAGUUCUCCAUUAUUCCAGUAGCUCCGCCACCAGUACCCGCAUCCACUGCCACUCCCAAUCCAAUCCAGUCGUGACAACUACCGCUGUUGCUUUCGGUGUCCAAGGAUCGCCACACUGUUGCGGCAAGCAAACGAAACUUCCGCCUUAGAAUAUCCACCCGUCAUUUCUCAGAGCGAGUGAAAGAAGAAGGCGAAAAGCCCGUUGAGAUCACCACCGCAUCCAUUGUCACCACUUCGGUGCUGCUACUAUUGUUUUUCUUCAAAUACUUCUACUGGCAUCAGCAUUUGGUCAAACUAUUGGAGGAUCGAGAGCAAGAAGAACGACUGAAGAAGCGAAAAAGAAAGGAUGAAGUCCUUUCUCUCCACCGUGAUCGCAACCUACAAGAAUGUAAAAUCGAUUGAUAUGAAACUGCUUUUUAGUAACUGUCAUUUGGAUCUAUAUUUCGACAUUUUUAUAAAUUAAAAUACAAUAUUAUGUUCGAUUUAUGAAA